UCACAAGUUAAACCUGUUGUCCAAUCGCUGCAGGCCGCUGUAAGCUUCAGCAAAUCAGAUCGCAUGUUGUUGGAACGCGGACGGGCUUGUUGUCAUGGCAACCACCAAGCGUUGCGUGUUGUGAGAAAUGUGUACAUGUUGAAUACGGGUUUCCUCGUCAAGAACAGGUGAUUUCAUGAUGCUGCCCUCUAAAAUUCAAGUUUCCCACUCAGCUUUGCAAAGCUUGCCUCUGAAGAUGCCAGAAGGAGUCAAGACUAAAGUAGCACUGAGAAAUCCUAAGCUGGUUAAGCGGGAGGACAAAGCCCGAAAGCUGUCUCCAUCUGUAUAUGCACAUGAAAUGUCUCAGACCACAGAGGAGAGAUUAACGAACACAUAUAAGAUGUACCCGCCUUGCAUUCUGGAGCUUUUAGACAUGAGUGAGACCACACACCACAAGUUUUCUGCUGUAGAUUUGGAUCAGCCUUUUUUCCAGCCUUACCCGUCUGAGAUUGUGUUCCAGAACUACCUGCCCUCUGAGAUGUACGAAGUGCCACUGGUGUUACGCAAUAAUGAUAAGAUUCCUCGACUGGUGAAGGUGGUUGAAGAGGACUCCCUGUAUUUCAAAGUGGUGAGCCCAGUAGAUGUAUGCAACAAAGUGGCCCCGGGCAUGACAUCCACUUUUACAGUUCUAUUCACCCCACAGGAGAACAAGGACUAUGUCCACCGGGUAAUCUUUAUGACUGAGAGGGAGAAGUUUGAGGUGCCCAUCCGGGCAAUAGGGCCGCGUGCCAUCCUAGACUUUCCAGAUGAGCUGCAUUUUUCUCUGUGUCCUGUCAAGUGUUUAUCUCAGAAAACUCUCCUGGUACGCAAUAUUGGAAAAGGCGAGGCCAAAUUUCAGCUCGGCACACAGAACCCAUUUUCUGUAGAACCUUCAGUAGGGACCCUUAGCAUUGGGGAGAGCAUGCAGGUGACUGUUGAUUUUCUACCCAGAACUACAGGAGACCACAGCCAACAAUUGCUUCUCCACUAUCACACAGGAGAAGACAUUUACAUCAGUUUGUAUGGAGCCUCCACAGAUAUCAACGUGAGGCUGGAUAAAAACUCACUGUGGGUGGAGAAGACCUAUAUCACCAUGGCUAACCAGCGCACAGUGGCUAUCCUGAACAGAAGUGACUCCAUAGUGCAUUUCCAGUGGAAGAGUUUUGCCACUGAGGAGGAGGAGGAACAGUAUAGACUAAGGCUCAUUUCUGAGCUGCAGCAGGAGGAGGAGGAUGAGAUGGAACAGUUUUUAACAGAGUGUGGCGCUGACCCCAUUGUCCGAGACCACCUCUCAGUGCUCUCACGUACCUUCCAGCACAGACGCAAGCAGCUUCAUCAGGACAGUCUGCCUUUCAGUGACCAACACAUCAUCAUAGAGCCACAGGAGGGGGACAUCUGGCCAAACCGCACAGCAGAAAUCAGCAUCAUCUUCAAACCCCAAGAAGCCAAACUUUACCAGCACACCAUAUACUGUGAUGUCACUGGCAGAGCGUCUCGUUUGCCACUGCGUAUAAAGGGAGAAAGCAUGGGGCCCAAACUGCAGUUUAACGUUGAUCUGCUGGACAUUGGCAACAUUUUUGUUGGAUCCAAGCACAGCUAUGAGGUGCCUGUGAGCAAUAAGGGACUUAUAGAUGCCCCCUAUAGGCUCAUGCCUCCCACUACAGCCAUGGGUCUGUGCUUUUCCUUCAGCCCUCCUGAGGGCAUGGUGCCGCCUGGGGCCUGCCAUGUUCUGGAGGUCCGCUUCUCUUCUGACAAACUGGGCACCUUCUCAGAGGAGUUUUAUUUUACUGUUUCGGGGAAUCCCCAGCCUCUCAUCCUCACAUUCAGGGGGUGUGUAAUGGGCCCGACGUUUCAUUUUAACAUUCCUGAGCUCGACUUUGGAGAUGUAUCCUUUGGCUUUCCUCACACACUGACCUGCUCACUUAGCAAUACCUCAUUGGUAUCUAUGAGUUUUGGCCUGCGGAUCCCUGGAGAUGGGAUGCGGAGGGACAGUGUGACCAGUACAGAGCAGGUAACAGAGAUGGACAGGAAUGACUGGAAGCCAGGAGACAGGGCAUCUGAGAGGCCUCGAGAAUUCAGGGUGACACCCAGUUCAGGCAACAUCCGGGCUCAGAGCCAAAUGGACAUCAAGGUGACCUUGUGCUCCAAUACAGUGCAGCAAUACAGUCUGGCACUGGUGGUGGAUGUGCAUGGAGUUGGGGAGGAGGUGUUAGCUCUCCCAAUUAAGGCUAGUUGUGUUAUUCCAGAAGUGCACCUGGAGAGUUCCAUGCUUCAGUUCCAGCACUGCUUCCUGGGUUAUCCCUAUGAGCAGACCAUCAGGCUGAUUAAUGACACAAACCUCCCUGCAUGCUAUGGCCUACUAGCUCAGGAGUAUGAGGAGAACCCGUCUCUACUAUACUCUACUGCUCAUCCACGAGGAGUGAUCCAACCAUACAGUACUAAGCAGAUUCCUCUUGUUCUUCAGGCUAAAACAGUGGGCCAAGUGCAACUCACUGCUCUCAUUGCAAUUUUAGGCCAACAGGAUCCUCCACUGGAGUUGCUCCUGUCCUGCAUUGGGCAGGGUCCAAUUGUCUCCCUUUCUGCCACUGAGCUACACUUUGGCACCAUCCCAGUGCUCACUGACAUCCCAAGGACGCUGCAGUUGUUCAACCAUUCCCCCAUUCCGGCCCAGUUCUUGGCACAAAUGGCUAAGAGUAACUCUCAGUGGAGGGUGAAGCCAGCAGAAGGAGAGAUCCCCCCAGACGGGCAGCUAGAACUGACACUGGUUGCCCGUCUAGAUGAUACUCUCCCCUUCCAGGACAAAUUGCAGUUGGCCAUCCGUAGCAGCCAAACCUGCACAGUACCCUUGUGGGCCACGGGGAAGGGUACCACCAUCGUAACUGAUCGACCCUUUGCUCCCCAUCUGGACCUUGGAACCCACUUUAGCUCAGGUCCAUGCCAGUAUCACUUUAGGAUCACCAACAGAGGUCAGCGAUUUCACAGGCUUUUCUGGACCACUGAAGGCUUUCCUCACUUCCGCCGCAGAGGCCCACCAACCGCAAAAUACCAACCACUCACUAUCUCCAGGGAAGGCAAAGCCAGGAGUCCACAGGCACCUUCAACUUUGGGUUCCCCUGUUUUCUCCCUGACACCCACAAGGUUGGAGCUUGAUCCAGGUCACUCCAUCGACAUGCUGCUGGAAGGCUCCUGUGAUAUGCCCAAAGUGGUAAGAGAAAGGCUGGUAUGCCAUGCCAUCGUCGGGAAUCAGAAUGGGAAGGAGCGUAUCAUGACAGUGGAUAUCACAUGUCAAUUCAUUGCCCCAGUCUUGAAUAUCUCCCCUCAGCAGCUCAACUUCUGUGUAGAAAAGGUUCCAGGUAUGCCUCUUGUGCCUCUGUAUGAGAGGCUCUAUCUGAAGAAUGUCUCCACAUUGGCGCUCUCUCUGGAGCUCAUCCUGGCUGAGCCAUUUGGGCUCUGUGACUGUACCAGUGAUGACUCAUUCACCUCCUCAAAGAGUCUGGUGAUGGGUAUUGGUGCUGAAGCAGAGCUGUGGGUGCGCUUCGACCCUUCGUACCAGCUGGAUUCAGUGAGCCGUGUGGCUGAGGAAGUGCUGGAGGUGAGCUACAGUGGGCACCCACAGCGGGACACCGUGGCUCUGCGAGGAGAGGUACACUUUCCCAACCUGCACUUCUCCAGCCAUGUGCUGGACUUUGGCUGCAUCCCCAACUGUAUAGAAGUCCAGCAGCAGCUUACCAUGACAAACUCCAGCCCACUCCCCGUCAACUACCGCUGGGCUUUUUUGCUGGACCAACAAUAUUACCACAUAAGGCAGAGUAGGAUCUUUAAAACUCAGCAAGAAGAAGAGGGAGUCAGUAAGAAGAUAAACUCAAUUUCUUGUAUUAAAAAGGGAAGAAGAUCAAAAGAGCAACUGUCAACUUCUGGGCUGAACAUUCUUGGACCAGAGGGGCCACUUACAUGCAGCUCUACUCCACAGGGACAGAACAGUAGAGCAUCUACAGCACGGAAACCCAUAGGGAUAGCGCUGGAAUGCAGCACCGCCAGUCUGACAGAUAAAGAGACACAAAGUAUAUGUGUGGAGGAGAUAUUUGGCAUUAUGCCAAUUUAUGGGGUUCUGCAGCCUGGUGAGAUUCAGCAGGUGAUGUUCUCAUUCUUUGGCCAUGCUGACAUCAGUGCUCAAGUGCUGGCAGUGUGCAUGGUGGAGGAAGGCCCAACAUAUGAGAUUGCCCUCAAAGGAGAGGCUUCACUGAUCACCUACACCUUGGAAACAACUGACAUCAACUUUGGUCCUCUGUUAUUUGACCAUGUGGCAGAAGCAGAGAUCAUCCUGAGAAACACAGGAAAGGUGGGCUUUGACUUCAGUUUUAUGCUGGAAGAUCAGCAUGUGUCCCCUAAAGACACCUUACCUGGACAACCACUUGUUAUUCCCAGCAUGGGCCACGUAAGGGCGAAUGAGGAGAUGAGAGCUUCUGUGUUCUACCUUCCUGGAAUCCCAGAAGUUUUUAAGAAGACGUUCCAACUACAGGUGGCCUCCUUUGAGCCAGAAAGUAUUGUGAUAAGGGGCGAGGGCAUCUUUCCUAGAGUGUGCCUGGACCUGCCCAGAGACCUAAGUAAGAGCUCAAUAUAAUAUAAUAAAUGUACCAUAUCCUAUAAUAGAUUGUAUUUUAUGUUUUUUUCUUGAAGUCCACAUUUUUUUUGGCUUUAUGUACACCGCCAUAACUAAUUUUUACACAAUCAGUUUCCAACCUCUCUUUAGUCCGCAGAAUUUAACAGUCUGUUUCUUACUAUAUGGUUAAGACAGCUACAGUAUAUGUAAGGGAUCUUUUCUGACUUUAUUAUUGACUUUUUAAAAAAUAAAGGAAAAAAUUAAUGUUGA